CUCCUAGUUCACAACUGUCAUAUGGUGGCGCCAUGAACGAUGACGCUAGGUCGCCGGGCGCUGGUAGUACACCAGGCCCACUAUCACAACAACCACCUGUUUUAGACACAUCAGACCCUGAUGGACGAUGGUGUCGAAGAGAAUGGUCCUCACCUGCCGACGCUAGAAAUGCUGAUCCCUCAAGGCGGUUAUACUCCUCAGUCUUCCUCGGCAGUCCUGGUGACGCCAGCAAUGCCAGUAUAGGCAGUGGCGAAGGUACAGGCGAAGAGGACGACGAUGCGAAUGGUAAAAAGAACCAAAAGAAACGUGGCAUUUUCCCAAAAGUAGCAACAAAUAUCUUAAGAGCGUGGCUGUUUCAGCACUUAACGCAUCCCUACCCCUCCGAGGAUCAGAAAAAACAGUUGGCGCAAGAUACCGGCCUAACGAUACUGCAAGUGAACAAUUGGUUUAUCAACGCGAGGCGAAGAAUUGUUCAGCCAAUGAUCGACCAAUCGAAUCGAGCAGUUUACACCCCACAUCCGGGUCCAUCACCAUACGGCCAUGAUGCCAUGGGCUAUAUGAUGGACAGUCAAGCGCAUAUGAUGCAUCGUCCACCUGGUGAUCCGGCGUUCCAUCAAGGCUAUCCCCAUUACCCACCCGCCGAGUAUUAUGGCCAGCAUUUGUAAUUAACCGACGCAGUUGAGAGUCAGGACUAUAGUCAAAGUCAUGGGCAAUCAACUUUUGAGGUGGCGACAGCGACAACAGCAGCAUCAGCAGCAGCAGCAGCGGUGGCAUCGGCAUCGGCAUCGGCAACGACGGCAGCAGCAGCAACA